AUGGCGGAAUUCUCCCAGAAUCGGAGCAAGCGGCGUGAUGGCGAGGUGCUGGGCGGCGCUGUAGACUUCCUCCUGGCCAAUGCCCGCCUGGUGCUGGGAGUGGGUGGGGCUGCGGUGCUGGGCAUUGCCACCCUGGCCGUGAAGCGGCUCAUUGACAGGGCCACCAGCCCCCGGGACGAGGACGACGCCAAGGGGGAUGCCCCAUGCCUGGAGGACAGCUGGCAGGACCUGAGCCUGCUCAAGGCCACGCCACGCCUCCAGUCCCGGCCCCCGCCCGCUGCCCUCAGCCAACCGGUGCCGCCUCCGGCCCCCUCACUCUCUGCCCCAGAAGGGCCCGCUGACACAGGGCCCCAGACGUCGCCUCAGCUUAGCUCGCCGGCACCGCCACUGUGUCUGAUGUUCCAGGAGAAGCUGCUGGCUUUUGAGCGGGACCACGUGACCAUGCCAGGGGCUCACGUGUCUCUGGCCAAGCAGCUGGUGGGCGACAUUGCCCUGGAACUACAGGCCUACCUGCGGAACAAGUUCCCAGACCUGCCCUUUGGGGCGCUCGUGCCCGGCGGGCCGCUCUACGAGGGGCUCCAGGCGGGGGCUGCAGAUCCUGUGCGGCUCCUGGUGCCCCUGGCACUGGAGCCAGGCCUGUGGAGCCUGGUGGCUGGCUCGGACACUGUAGCCCAAGACCCUCGCUGCUGGGCUGUGCGUAGGACUCAGUUGGAGUUCCGUCCCCGUGGGAGCAGCCCCUGGGACCGCUUUCUGGUGGGCGGCUACCUCUCCUCCCGGGUCCUACUGGAGCUGCUCCGCAAGGCCCUGACUGCCUCCGUCAACUGGCCAGCCAUCGGCAGCCUCCUCGGGUGUUUGAUCCGGCCACGUGUGGCCUCGGAUGAGCUGCUGCUGGAGGUGCAGCACGAGUGCCUGGAGCUCACCAUGGCUGUGCUGCUGACUGUGGCCGGAGCCCAGGAUGGAGACCUCUUGCUGGCCUGGCCCCUGGAGGGGCUGGCCGGGAACCUCUGGCUGCAGGACUGGUACCCGGCUGAGGCUGCCCGGCUGCGGGCCCUGGAUGAGCAGGACGCUGGGACCCGCCGUCGGCUGCUGCUGCUGCUCUGCACUGUCUGCCACGGUCACCCAGCUCUGUGGCGGCUGGGCCGGGACCGCCUGGCUCAGGUGGUUCUGCACCUGGGUGAGCAGGAGGCUGACUGGGCCGAGGCGGCCCUGGGGGAGCACUUCCUGCAGGCCCUGGAGCUGCUGCUGGGCAGUGUGGAGCGGGCCAGCCUGCCCAGCCACUUCAACCGUAGCGUGAACCUCCUGGAUGGCCUGCGGGAGGAAGAGAUCGACGACCUGGGCUUUGCGCUGUACCGUGGCCUACAGGCCCCUGAGGGGCUGCUCUAA